CGCCUUUCCUCCACCCCCGGCUCCCAAGCCUCUAUACAAACCGCCCCCUCACCACAUGAACCGCGCCACACUCCCGUCGCCCCACAAGAAGGGCCGAUACAAGAACACAUACACAGUCAAAGCAUCGAUAAACACGAACAAAACAGUGGAAAGGAGCAGGGACGUGUGCGAGCGAGGCGGCGCUUCCAACAGGGUCAUGACGAGGGGCAACGUGAAGUAGCGGGGCUCCAAGAGGUGCGCUGGCACCAGGACCAGAGCAACGGCCACGCCCACAACCAGCACGGUCAAACUGCUACUUCUUCUACUCGCACCACUCCCUUGGUAAACGCGAGUGGUCAGCCACCACCCUGCCAACGCGUACAGGGGCGUGAGAAAGAGGUUGGCAAAGGGGUACCUCUGGAAGACCCGCCGCCAAAGGUAGAAGACGUAGUGCCGGUUGUCGGCGAGGAGGAAGGGG